AUGCUCGGUAGCGUUGAUGCAAUCAAGCGUAACCUGACAAUUCCACCGCGGUUUGUUCCUUACAUGGAAAAGCAUCGCAUUUACGAACUCUUCCACGAACUCGCAACAGAGCUGGUAAUAAAAAGGCCAGAUGAUCACAUCAGCUAUCUGAAGCAAUGUAUUCAGCAUGCCGCACUGAAUCGAGAUGUCCCUAGAAUAAUAAUACUUGCCCCACCGAACUUUGAUAAAAUGCGCCUCGCCGAAGCAUUACAAGAGGAGCUAGGCGUCCGGCCCAUAACCAUUAGUGAUAUUCAUCGAGUUACGUCAACGUGCAUGCAUCUCAGCUGUGCCGAAGCUGAAGAUUUCGCGCGGAAUUUGAAGAAAAUACUCCGAACUGGGAUGCUCCAUGAUUCCGGCUGGGCUCUCGUAGACUACAAAGAAGAUGGCGACAUGGUAACUGAUUUCCAGGUGUCCAAGCAGAACCGUAGCACUCAUGAUUUAACCCUGGAGCAACGCGUGUACAAAAAACACCUUCGUGGUCUACAAAUCGCGUACUCAGACUCGUUGAUCGAAGUUGACGUUGGAGAUCGAAGUAUCGAAGAACUAGCGAAGGACUGCGCUGUCCUAGCGAGAAUGAGAAAACAUUGUGGUGCACCAUCGAUUUUUCGAGUAGCUAUAAUCGGUUCUCGGGGGUCCGGUAGUCGUACUGUCGCUAGACACCUUUGCCAGCGGUUUCAUCUUGUCCAUGUUGAUUUUCAAAAGAUCUUGGAGCAGGCACGAAUGCAAGACUCGCCGUUAGGUAAAACUCUGAGAAUGAUCGAGCACACGUGGGGCAAAAGACCCUCGCCCGAAACCAGGGUGCAAGUGAUUGAGAAAUAUAUUCUUGGCUACGAGUGCAUGAAACGCGGCUGGGUAUUGACCGGGUAUCCCAUCAACGAGCAGGAUUUCCGACUACUUGACAUGUUGGCUACACCGCCAAACCGGGUUAUAUUCUUGGAAGUUGACUCUUUCACAUGCAAGCAGAGGCUACUUGGACGUCGUGUUAACAUGUACACUGGCAGCAAACACAAUCUAACAUCCAACGAUUGUACUGGAAAAAAAAUGGAUCAAUUAGCUGCACAUCCGGAAGACUAUCGUAGCAAUGUGGAACGACAGAUUAAAGAGUACGAAGAUAACGUAACAGCCAUGAUGAAUUAUGCAGGAGCUUCGGCGACCGUCAUCGACGGGUCUGGUUCACAGUCAGUCGUACGUGAAUUGACAGAGGCCUGUUUGAUGAGACCUGCUCCAUGUGCUCCACCCAGGGUUCCAGCUCGACCGCGAGAUAUCAACGCGGAGGACAUCGAGUUUGACCCCGACGACGAAAUUGAUCCUCGAGUAUUCGACGGCAUCCGUUUUCCAGAAGCGACGGUGUCUUUGAUCUAG